AUGCCGGUGGACACGUCGAUGGGGUUCAAUUCCAAGGAAAAACACAUCUACCCCAUUGGCAUGCCCCAGGCGCGAGGAUCCAGCUCCGCCAUCUUGCCCAUCCGAGAGGUAGCCAUGAUGCUGCUCAUGGAGAAGUUGACGGACAAGCCGAAUUGGCACGAAAAGGUGUUUGACGAGGCCAUUGUGCAGAAGUGGCGGCAGGAGGCGAGGACGCAGUCAGAAAAUAGCCUCUUCACGCGGAUCAUCGAGGGGAAGCAUGUGUAUAGGAAUGAGAUUCCCAUGCCGCAAGUCAGGAUUAUCUCUGAUGAGGCUUUUGAGUUUUGUAUUGCUGAGUUGCGCAACAAGGCUGCGUACUUUGUCAAGAUGGGGCUGAUUCCUACUCUUGACUCGGCGGGGAACACGAUUGUCAAGUCUGAUACUGUUGUCAGUGCUCAACUCUGGGAUGAGCUGAGAAAAUCGUUUGAGACGCUCCGAGCGGACCAGGCUGCGAACGUGGACUGGCACCCUGGGACCAAUGACAUGGUGCAGAACCUGGUUCACCCGUCCAUGUAUCCGUUCGUCUUUGGGCGAUCUAGCUUCAUCUACGAAGAAGAGGUCGACAGAGAAAACGCCUUUGCCUCCGUCGGUAAAGGGAGCAUUGUGCCUGAAAUCACCCGCUUUCCAGAUUACGGAAAUAGAUUUCUCAACGUAGCCUGGAUGACGGGCAGCCGAGGCAUCGUUCCAACUGAAUAUCGCUCGAGCUUGUACCAGUGGUUGCCAACCAAUGUCGCAUUUCGAGAGGACGGGACAGCCAAGUUGACCAGCUAUGUCAACAAUCUGCACCCGAGAAAGUAUCCAGCUAUUUAUGAGGCAAUUGAACAUGCUAUCGAUGCAGCCAUUCCGGCGUGGGAUCAGUGCCUUCGAGAGAAUCUGGGAUAUAGAGAAAACAUUACCGCCGGAAGAGAGGAUUCGCGCUUCGACUUGAUUACGGAGGCCAGCGACGAAGACGAUAAUCUGUGGACGGUGACGAAGGUGUAUCAAAUGCCAGAGGACCACGAGUACAAUCGGUACAUGUACGUAGAUCCCGACACGAUCAAGCCAAGCAUGGGCGAACCCAUUCUCCCCGGCGAAUGGGUUGAAGGCCGCGAACCCAUUCUCCCAGAGCCGAAUGCCUUUGAGGAGAUUGACUACACUCCUCCACAGAGGCUGCGCGAAAAGUUCAAGGAGCACGGGCUGCAGGUCAUUGUCAAGAUAGCCAGCAUCGAGCUGACGCCGGAGAAGCCUUACUUUCCGGCUGGCUCGUGGCAUGUUGAGGGGCAGAUGAAUGAGAGGAUAUGUGCCACGGCGCUGUUCUAUCUCGAUAGUGAGAACGUCACGGACAGCCAUCUGUCGUUCCGCAUGCAGACAAACAGCUGGCUUCAGGACGAGAUUAGCACGGGUCAAGACCAGUACAACUAUCUGGAGCGUGUCUAUGGCACGACUCUUGGACAUGGAUCGCCUUGUUUGCAGAAUUACGGCGAUGUGCGAACGUGUCCGGGACGGCUGCUUGCUUUCCCCAACGUCUUUCAACAUCGAGUCUCGUCGUUCAGACUCAAAGACGCCACCAAGCCGGGGCACAGGAGAUUCCUGGCGCUGUGGCUGGUUGAUCCGCAUGAGCGCAUCGUGUCUACGGCUAAUGUGCCGCCGCAACAGAAGGACUGGUGGACCGAGUCGUUGCCGGAUAUGAAGAGGGAGGAUGGUAUCAAGGAAGAGGUCCCGGAGAGCCUCAUGACGGUGGAGGAGGCGCGCGAGCACCGGCUGAGGCUGAUGCAGGAGCGGUCGCGGUACGAGGCCAAGGCGGAGCAGACGGUUCAGAGUGUAUCCUAUAAUUUCUGCGAGCACUAA